ACCAUUAAGUGCUGUGUUCUAGUUUUCGCAUCUUAAGAAAAAAAAGAAAUAUUUUUUAUUAAAAAAUGCCUCAACCCGUAUCAGAAGAUUUAGAUUCAGAAUCUGUUGAAGUGUUGCGAGAGCGCUUGAGUUCAAUGAAACGUUUAAUGGCAGAACAACGCAACAGUCAAAAGUCAUCUUCAUCUGCAAGUACUGAAGAAAUAUGGUCAAGAAAUCGCCGAGCAUCUACCGGAAUAAUUGAUGGAAAUUUUCUUAGUUUUGCAUUUGGUGCAACAUUGAUUGGAAUUAUUAGUGUUGCAUUUUAUAUAUUCUACAGCUUGUAUCAAGCAGUUUUGAAGAAAUUUCCAUCUCCUCAUACUGAGUUGUAAGGUGGUGUUUUUUUGUACUGACAAUCUUUAAUAAACAUAAAAUCG